AUGAGGAGCCCCUCCUUUCUCUCGCGGCGGCCGCCGCCGAUGUUGCUCCUGCUGCUGUCGCUGUGGCCACUCUGGGCCCAGUCGUCCACCGCGGCCACCUUCUCGGGAACCCCAGCCACCCCGGACUGCCCCGAGGCGUGCGAGUGCGCGCCGGGCGGCCUGGUCAACUGCUCGGGGCGCGCUCUGCCCGCCGUGCCCGCGGACCUGAGCCGGCGCGUGCGCGCGCUGCUGCUGGACCACAACCGUGUGCGCGCGCUGCCGCCCGGGGCCUUCGUGGGCGCUGGCACGCUGCUGCGCCUGGACCUGCGCGAGAACGGGCUGCGCUGGGUGCACGCGCGGGCCUUCCGGAGCUUGGGCGCGCUGCAGCGGCUCGACCUCAGCGGCAACCAGCUGGAGGCGCUGGCGCCCCGCACCUUCUCGCCCCUGCGCGCGCUCCGCUCCCUCUCGCGGGCAGGCAAUCGGCUGGCGCGCCUGGAACCCGCGGCGCUGGGCGCGCUCCCGCUGCUGCACGCGCUCAGCCUGCAGGACAACGAGCUGUCCGCGCUCGCGCCGGGCCUCCUGGCCCGCCUGCCCGCUCUCCACGCGCUGCACCUGCGCGGCAACCCCUGGACCUGCGGCUGCGCGCUGCGUCCGCUCUGCUCCUGGCUGCGCAGGCACCCGAGGCGGGCGCCAGAGACCGAGACGCUGCUCUGCGUGUUGCCAGGGCGCCAGACGCUCAGCCCCUUGACCGCCUUCCCGGACGCCGCCUUCAGCCACUGUCCGCAGCCACUCGCUCCGCGGGACCUGGCCGUGGUCUACGUGCUCGGGCCCAUCUCGUUCCUCGCCAGCCUGGCCGCCUGCCUGGCGCUGGGCUCCGUGCUCACCGCCUGCCGCACGCACCGCCCUCAGCCGCCUGGGGAGACCGCGGGACUCUGGCCCUGGGAGCCCCGCCGCCGCUGCUCAGGCCUGAGCGGGCCUUGGCUGUUCUCGAAUCUUCCCCCGUCCCCUGCCCUUCUUCACAGUCCCUGCACGCGUCAACAAGCAACACAGACAGAAAUUUUCGUGACAUUCCUUUAGACAUCACC